GUAGUUACGUGAUCGAUGAAAAAGUGGUAACAAUACCAACAAGACGAACUUAAAAAAACUUUGCUAAAAUGUCUCUUCUAUAUACCCGACCAACUAUCCAGACGGAAAUCCCGGCGGAAAUCAGAGAGCAUUAUACCACCACGAAUUCUACUUAUGGAUUAGCCUGGGAGCAUGAUAAAAUACAGGACACAAGGGACUUUGAAUAUCGUCCCUUUAGGCCAAUUGCUCAUCAUAGCUACUGCACGACAGCAAAGAAGGAGAAUCUUCCAAAGGAUUUAGGAGCAUUAUGCCUAAGUCAUAAUCCAGAGGAACCGUGUGGUAUUAUGACCAUGUCAAAUGUGCCGACAAACACAAGAGGAGAAUUUACCAAUAUCCGUAAUGACUUAUACGGAAAUGACCAAGGACCUUGGUCAAAUGCAAUGUUUAAUACGGAUGGUGCGAUUAUUGAGCGACCUCUUGGAACUUAUUCCAAUUUACAGGGCGGCUGGUCAAGAUUAGGCAGCAGUACUUAUGAUGUAAUGCAUGCUCCCGGUAGUUGGUGUCAUCGUUGGGGAACGUUGUGUGAAGAACCUCCGGCUGUAAGAGAACUAAGAGAUCAUAAAAACGUUGACCCGAGGGAUAAUUGGGUACCGAAAGAUCCAAGACCACAAAAUCAAAGAUAUCAUUGA